AUGCUUCAAAGUAACGCGAAGAAGUGUGCCAGCGGUAAAGACACUGACUCUGCGAAGACAGAGGAGGGUAAAACCGAGACCAGCACAUUAGUGACAAAAGCUGAUAAAGCGCAAGACGAAGAGAGGAAACUUUUCGUUGGAAUGCUGAGCAAACAACAGAAUGAGGAGGACGUGAGGCGAAUUUUUGAACCCUUCGGGACGAUUGAGGAGUGCACAAUUUUGAGGGAUCAGGCAGGCAACAGUAAAGGUUGCGCUUUUGUCAAAUUCUCUAGUCAAGCCGAAGCCCAAUCGGCCAUUGUCGCCCUUCACGGGAGUCAAACGAUGCCAGGUGCCUCUUCCAGCAUUGUCGUGAAGUUCGCUGAUACAGAAAAGGAACGUCAUUCACGGAAGCUUCAACAGCUGAUUGGCCCUUUGGGAGUAUUUAACCCGGCGCUCGCCUUGUCCCAACUCGGCAAUACCGCCUACACACAAAUCCUCGAGAAUCUCUCUCAAACCACGGGCUACAUCAACCCGGUAGCAGCGCUCGCUCUACAAUUACAACAAGUUCAGCAGCUGGCCGCCGCUACCAGCCCCGCGGCAAUUACCGGACUCGGCCUGACUCCCGCCCAGGGUUUACCCCUGUUCCCGUCCCCCGCGGGUCCCAAUGGUCCCCCAGCCACCGCCAGCAGUCAUCAGCACCAUCCACAAGCCACUCACCUGGGUGGAAACAAUGCGAAUGGCGUCGGCGGCCACGUCCAAAACAGUGCCGCAGCAGCAGUCAACACUGCUCCACCAAUCACAGUUGCAGCUGCUAGUCCCAACCAAUCAGCAGCAGCGGCGACUUCUGGUCCACCAAUCAACUUGUGUAAUGGUGGCGCGGCCGCACUUAGUGCUGCGUUAGCGGCCACUCAACAAAAUAAUAUGGCCCUGGCCGCUGCGGCAUUAGUUGCCGGUGCGGGACUCAAUGGUCCAACUCCGGCAAUAAAUUUGAAUUCUCUUGCCUCCCCGAUUCCAACCCUGGCAACUGCAGAUCCGCUGUCACAUCUCUAUCACAAUUACGCCCAUUACGGAUUGUCCCCCUACGGCCAUGGCGCGCCAGCACCCCUGCCACAGAUUGCCUCACUGGCCCAACAGGCCCUCAAUUUGCCUGUUCAACAGAAGGAGGGCUCACGAGACCUCAUUCUCACCGGACCGGAGGGAUGCAACCUCUUCAUCUAUCACCUGCCCCAGGAGUUUGGCGAUCCCGAGCUGGCUCAAAUGUUUAUGCCGUUUGGAACGGUCAUUAGCGCUAAAGUCUACGUCGAUAGAGCUACCAGCCAGAGCAAGUGCUUCGGUUUUGUGAGUUUUGAUAAUCCCGCAAACGCUUUAGCCGCUAUUCAGGCCAUGAAUGGCUUCCAAAUCGGCAUGAAGAGGCUGAAGGUGCAGCUUAAACGUCCCAAAAAUGACGCCUCGAAGCCAUACUAA